AUGUUCCCAACUGCGAACGGAAUGGUAGGUUUAGAGAAAAAAAGUUGAAAAGACGUCAAAAUGUUUCAUUUUUGUACUGUUUUCCGGAUUUUGAGGUCUUUCACUUUAUUGGGAAAAUAAAAAGGCUUGUUAAAAUUUUUCUGAGCUUUAUUUCAAAAUUAAUUAUUGUAAUUCCUUGAAGAAUUAACGAAAGUUUGAAAAGUUGUUGGAGUUAUGAUUUUACUAUUUCUUGAUGAAAGCAUUCCAAUUCCUAUCAAGAAACUUCCCUUCUUGCAUUUUCUCGAUCUUGUCUCACGGAAGUGAUUAAUUGAGGAUUUUUUCAGAUGGAGCCGAUCCUUGUGAGCAACAUCGACAAGGACAAAAUGUACGCCGUCGCUUUGGGCCAACAUCCCUACCGUUCCAUUCUGAUUCAUUCGAAUCGAAUCCCGAGAGUCGGAUUUCCAAUCACCCGCGGGCAGAUUCUGAGUGUCAGGAUUGAUUCGACUCGGAAAGUCGAAGCGAUUUUCGGCCCGUUGGGCUGUUUGGAAGCCAAGGGCGCGUAUUAUCAGGUUCGGAAUUCAUUUUUCGAUAAUUUUCUGGUUCAGGGGCUUUUUUCGAAGAAUAAAUUUCAUUCUUAAAAGAGUGGUCCCUAUAGGGGUCAAAAAAUCCCCUGGGAAUAAUCCGACGUUACCAACAUGUUUGAUUUUCAGCAUGAAAGUAUAACCAUUCGAUUCGUCUCAUUGAGAUACGUACGAAUAUCAUAAAAUUAUUUGGCGCUAGUAAGAAGAAAUAACUUUAUGGUGUGCAAAAACCAGAAAGAAAAUUUCAAAAAUUUCGCUGCAUUUUUCGACGCUGAUUCAAUUCAACUAUCGCUACUACGCCAUGAUAAGAAAUAAGCUUUUAAAAUAGGAAAAAAUUUGAAAAUUAUUCGAAAAAAACAACGCAAAAAAGAAAAAAAAAAGAGAAAUCACAGUAAAAAUAAGCGACCGCGUCGAAGCCCGCGCUUACGCAGUAUGCUCCUUUAAUAUUUUUUUCUUUCUUUUGGGAAAUACAUUUACAGAUUUUUUUGCUACGCGUAUCAAGUUUGCAAACCGUUUAGAGCUACCUGAUAGUGUUUUUCCUGUCCACGUUUUGAAACUAAAUGCUUUUUUAUGUCAAGUAUUUCAUUUAUUUGACGAAUUGUUCACUGUGGCUCAGUUUUUUUCGAAGCGAGCCACAGUCGGCUUCGCGCUAUGCGCGCUCCGCCUCCGUGUGAAGCCUUAAAAACUAAGCCUAUUUUUCUUAAGUAAUUCAUUAAAAGAAAAAAAGCAAAAAAACUUCUAUUCCUCAGAAUAAACACUUGAUUGAAAACUAAUAAAGUUCAUCUUAAAAUUUUUCUAAGUGGUCAGCGCCAAAUAAUUUUAUGAUAUUCGUACGUAUCUCGACGAGACGGAUCGAAUGGUUAUACUUUUAUGCUGAAAAUCAAACAUGUUGGUAACGUCGGUUUAUACCAUCCCCUGUAGCGGGCGAAAAUGUGCUUGCUAAAGGAGUAAAAUUGAAGUGGUCCCUUAAGAAAUCAAGAAUCUCUUGCCCCUUAUAGUCUGUUCAGAUUUUGAAUGUCAAGAGCGAUGACGUCACUCGAAAACGCCCUGUGGAUGGCUCGCUCUCUGAUUGGUUUAUAGUGCCAUUAGGGGCGGAGCUUGAGCGACGACUUGACAUUCAAAAUCUGAACGGACUAUAGCCCCUAAAGUGGACCCUAUAGGGGUCUUCCAAUUUCAUUCAAGAAAUGCUUAUUUAUUCAGUUUUUUUUUCCUGUAAAUGCUUCUUCACUCAGAGUUCAUAACAAUUAUCGAUUAGCAUGUCCCCUCUAGGGACCACUUUGCAAGCUUGAGUGGCCCCUAUAGGGGUCAGUAAAAGGGCCCCUAAGGCUGCCACUAUAGGGACCGCUCUGAAGUUUCAAAUUUAGGCUUUUUUAAGGCUCUAGAGCUUGGAAAUAAAAUGAACUUUGACUCAAAAAAUCAACCUAUGUUUUUGAAUGAGUAUCUCACCUAAAAUUACACCUUAAAGUCCUUUUCGUCUCAAGACUUUUUUAAAAUCACUCCAUGCUCCUUUUAACCCUCUAGCGAUAAUUUUUCAUAUUUCACUGAACUUGAGAAAAUUUUAAGCUAAUUUUUUUCCAGAGAAAUUAAAAAAAGGGUUAAGGAACUCGGAAAUGAUGUCGUAUAGCGAAUCGGGUAGUUUUAAAAAAAUCAAAGAAAAAAAUUUGGAAAAAAAUUGAAACUUAAUUUCACUGUUUCAUCAAAAAAACUACCUUAAAUUAGCCUUUCUUAUAUUUUUCUGAUUUUCUCAAUUCCAGACGCCAGCCGUCAUCAAAAACAACGUCAUCAUUGCAUUAUUCGGUAUUUCUAUCGUUUUUUGAAAUUCCGAAUAUUGAAAGUCGAAUUUUCCAGGAAACUUUAUCAUCACCGACCCUGAUGGAAUCCACGCCAACCAAUCUGGAGCGAUUUUGGUCAAAUUCCGAGAGCAAACCAGCAAAGAAAAGGGCUAUAUCACUUUUUUCUACGCCGUUGAGGUGAGCUUUUUUUCGAAUUUGAAACAAAAUAAUUUUUUCAAGGUCGACGCCCAGGGUCAAAUCCUGAAAAAGAAGGACGAGAAUAAAUUUUCCGUCUCCGGGGAGCAGAAAUCGGGCGCUCCGAAGCAGUUUUCCAUGGUUAGUUUGAUGAAAAAAAUGCAUGAAUUUUUGUUUUUUUACAAAAGGUAAUUUUGUAGGAUCUUUAGGAAGUUACAAUUUUAGCUUUGAAAAAUGAAAAAAGUAUCUUUUUAGCUCACUUUUUUCAUAACUUCUUCAUUUUUUUUUUUGAAAAGUAUCGGUUUCAAAUUCGGCUAUUAAAAUCGUUCCUUUGGAAUCGGCAAACUUGAAAAAUAUGUUUUUCUGUUUUUUUAUGUACUCUAGUGAACAUCCCGUAGUUGCGCCCGACCUUGAGCGACUUUCCUGCUUAGCAUAGAUAAUGACACGACGCGCAAGUAGUUUAUGGUCGGUUGCGCUGAAAAAAGGGUGUUCGUUAAAAAUCGUGUAGGCUGGCCUGACGCGUCGUGUCCUGUUUUUGAGACCAAGAAUGAAGCUUGAAGGCUUUUUUUUGAACGAAUCGAUAACACGGCCUGCAAACCAAAAAGGCGGUGGGCGGAGUCAAAAUCUGUUCCCAGGUGACGUCAUGGGAACUGUAGUGGUUGCGACUUUAAAUAACAAGGCAUAUUAAAGGCGCAGGCGGUUGUUUUGUACUAGGUCCUUGAGAGGAAUUAUUCUCACUACGAAGCGCAAUUUUCUGCGCGAGAGCGUCGCAGUGCAUGCACACGACACACGACACUUUACGGAGAAGAAGUGGGCGGGGCGUCGUCGAAAAAAAUCGUUGUGAUAAACAGAAGAUAUUUGUAGUACUAUAGUCUGUGUGCCACGGCUUUAAAUUUCACCGAACGAUAUUCCGCUGUUCCGCUGCGUGCGUUUGCGAAGCGUCUUUCGAAACAAGGGAAGAAGAGAUAAUUUCAUGAGAAGAUACUGUGGGAGGAAUGAGGAAAGACAAUCGAGACAAUAUUGCUUGGAAAGGCCUUGAGUUUUAUUACUGAUCCAUCUUUCACUGCUUGACAAGCUUCAUUCCGAGUUUCCAGUCCUCUUUGGCCUUGGUUUCGACUGCCGACAAAAGCAGGGCCUACAUGGUCACACUCGAUAAGAAGCCGUACCGAACAAUUGUCGCGUUCUUCUCCAAGAUCCAUACUCCUUUCAAUUUGGCGCAUGGCCAAAUUAUCGACGUUGAAUACAACAAUGAAGGACAUGUUACUGCUGUCAAAAGCCUCAAAAAGACACUCGAAACCGUUGGAAGCCAUUUCAAGGUACUCUAACACCUGCAUAAAGGUAUAAUGAGGAAUUUUCAGGUGGAGGCCAGCUACAGGAAGGGCGUCCUCCAUUCAGAUUACUGUAGGAUUCAUAGUCAUAAAACUUUCUUAUGAAGAUUCCUUUAGACUCUUUCGAAAUCGAAGACCCGAAAGGUGUCGGAAAAUCCAAUAAUUAUGUCAUUUUUCGUACUCUCGACACGAAGGAUGACAUACACACGACGACUUUUAUUACAGUCCCAGUGAGUUCCAAAAAGAAUCACUUAAGGGAUCAAUUUCGUGUCACUUAAGGGGUUUCUGGGAGUGAGAGACAUCUUUAAGCGCUCCCAAAAUAAGUUUAAAGCCCCCUUAAGAGAUUAGAGAACGCAACCAAGUGGUCACUUCAGGAAUAGAUUUGGCAGUUUUCACUCUGGAGACUUGAAGGGGCUCUUUAAGUAGAAUUUCGGUAUUUUCUCCGCUCGCAGGUAGAGCUAAAGGGGACCCUUAAGAACACCUUCAAGACUCCCUCUUAAGUGACCACUUGAGGCCAUCUGAGCAUUAUCCAUUUAUAGAAUUUUUCUUCUAUCUCAUGUUAUUUUCAGCAACAAAACUUGAUCAAAACCAAUAAAAUUACGGCUCCUAAUCCGCUUCCAAGUCCUCUCCCCAAUCAAAUUCAUGGACCGGUUCGUGAAAUCUCCAUCGUUUCGAUUUUUUGAGUUUUUUUUAGGUUCACGACUUUGGCCAAUUGAACCAUCCACACGCCUUCCACAUGGUAAUUUUUUAAUAGUUUAAAGGAGCAUGCCAAAGUCUGAAAAAGGGUCCCAAGAAUGCGGUUUUUUUCCGCUUUAACUUAAAAGGUCAUUUUUGCGUAGCGUUUGGAAUUUCAAAAAUUUUACGACGUUUGCGUCAGAAUCCGUCAAAAAAAAAAAAUAAUGACAAAAAAACGAUAGCGGCAAAAGGAUUCGAACCUUCAUCAUAGGACUCGAAGGCUAAAACUCUAGCCACUGCACCACGCUCCUAGCUGCCGUGCAAUGGCUUGCGCCGCUGACAGAUUUCUUCCAAACAAUGUUACGUGUUCAAAAUAAAAUCUUUAAAAAAUCAUUUCUCAAAAAUUUUUCUGCGCAGAUAGCGACUAUGGGGGAUCGAUUUUUAGUACAUCAAAGAUUUUUUUAGCAAAUUAAUAGGAAUUUCUGAACUUUACCCUAACUUAUAGGAUAACGAAACUAUAAUUUUGGUGAGCUCUAUGAUAAGAUUUUGAAAAAAGAUAAGAACUUUGAUAAGUAACGACCAUAUCAAUUUGUUUUGUUAAGAAUAAUCCGCCUAUGAUGGAACCCCCGCCGUCUUAUGACGCAGUUUUCACGGGCCCAUCGAGCCGAACUCACGCGGACGCCCUUCCAAAAAAGGGAGAAACUCCUCAGAAUCAGGUAAAACACUAUUCGGAAGCUUUUCCUCAUUAAAUUCGUCUUGUAUUGUUAUUAUUGCGCCUGGAAAAACUUUUUUCAAAGCGCCAGACUUGAAACUGUUUGCGCCAAGAGGCAUAGGAGAGCAUUUAAGCAAGCCCCAAGCCAUUCCAAAUGCGACCAUUUUUUGAUCAAUCCUUGCCUCAAAUUAUCAUAAAGCUUCUAUUAGAAAAAAACCUAGCUUACUGUCUUUUCCCUGGUCCAUAAUCGCGUUCUUGAAAAUCCAAUACUUUCCUGAAAUUUCGAACCGCUAAACAAUGAGCUUUUUCAGGCUCCAACCGCUCCAAAACCAUACAAAAAGAAUGAGAAACCGGCUGAGAACAAGAAGAAACCGCGCCCCAUCGGACAAAAGUCGCAGACUCCCUCGCUAAGCCGGUCUACCUCCCAGGAUCUCCCGAACUCCUCCAAACAAGCUCCGCCCCUCCCGAAGAAGGCUCCGAAGCCGAAAAAGCUGGAGCCGGCCAUGAAAAACCUGCGAUUGUCCGGCCAAACGCCCAAACAAGGCGACUUUGACCAAGAAAAGUUCCUUUCCGCCAAAAACGCCUUCAAUUCGAUGGACCAGAAUGUCAUCGAAAAACUGAGGGACACCGACGCCUACGCCUACGAAGGCCUCCGUAAAUUCUUCAACCAAUAA